AGCCUCGUGGGCGGUCAGCCGGCCUGCCGGUAGAUGCUUAGAUGGCUCUUUCGCCGAACCGAAUGAUACUUACCCUGCUCAGCACACGUAUACAAUAUCCUUCUCCCAGUUAGCCACUUCACUGCGCAAAUCUUAGACGUCUUCACUGAUGGUCUGCCGUUCAGUUCUUAUGGUUUGAGUGACUGGAAUCAGCACUACCUUCGCAAGACAACGGGGGAAUUUUCGAAGAGUCUCAGAGCAUCGUCGCCAGAGUCCCCUCACCUUCCGCAGCCGCAACUUGUCCGCCACCAUGGCUGCCAUAUUCGGUGGCGACCAUAACGGUCAGCUUCCAAUUGAGCAAUGGUUUUUCGAACUUCCUGUCUGUACGCGAUGGUGGACGACUGCAACGGUUGCUACAAGUAUCCUGGUCCAGUGUAAUCUUGUUACUCCAUUUCAGCUCUUUUAUAGCUCACGAGCUGUUUUCGUCAAGAACCAAUACUGGCGCCUCUUGACGACCUUUCUUUAUUUCGGUCCGCUCAGCCUCGACCUUAUUUUCCACGUGUUUUUUCUACAGCGAUAUUCAAGAUUACUAGAGGAGUCAUCUGGCCGAUCUCCGGCGCAUUACUCAUGGCUUUUGCUAUAUGCAAUGUGCGCGCUCUUGCUCAUGUCGCCACUGCUCUCCGUGCCGUUCCUUGGCUCUGCACUCUCAAGCAGCCUUGUCUAUAUUUGGUGCAGGCGUAACCCGGAUACCCGUCUCAGCUUUCUAGGCUUGAUAGUGUUUACAGCACCAUAUCUGCCAUGGAUGUUGAUGGCAUUCAGUCUUGUACUCCAUGGGAGCAUUCCCAAGGAUGAAAUGUGCGGGGUAAUCGUUGGACAUGUAUGGUACUUUUUCAAUGAUGUCUAUCCGUCCUUGCAUGAUGGCCAUCGACCAUUUGAUCCCCCUUUGUGGUGGAGGCGGCUUUUUGAGGGACGUCCACAGAUUGGGGAAGAUGCGUCUACCGAUGCGGCCGCCGUUAACAAUGAUUUUGCCGCGGCUGCCGCUGGAGAAGUAAGAUAAAGUUAAUCGGAAUAUCGGAUAACAGCGGCGUCCAGGCAAGAUGGGUUAAAAUUUUUCUUUCACAUUCAUAUCCAAUGAAGCGAUUCUUUCUGUCGGUGUUUUUGGCGCUCUGUUUUGUUUCGUCAAAGGAGAAUUCGAUAGAGAAAGGGCGUCUGGUCUGCCCAGCAAAGCAAAUCUGUCAAUUAUGAUUGCGUCGUGCGCAUAUUGCAUUGUCCAAAUCAUGUAAGAAAAUUGAUCGCUAGAUAUAUACAACGCUUUUCAUCGUAUGAAGC